UCCAUGGACGCUUUCAGUUUGGGCCCAGAACAGCCAAAGCAUGGACAAAGGACACGAAGCAGCAGAAAUGGAAACGCUAGCGAGCAGCAGGCCAACAUGGAGCAGGCAGAUCGAGUUCACUCUGGCGGGCAUCGGCUCUGCUGUGGGUUUGGGCAACGUUUGGAGGUUCCCUUAUCUCUGCUUCAGGAGCGGAGGAGGUGCCUUUCUGAUACCGUACCUGCUUAUGUUGGUGGUGUUGGGGAUCCCCCUGCUGUGCAUGGAGUUGACUCUUGGACAGUAUACGAAAAGGGGGCCUGUCCAUGCUCUGGCUCAAUUCUGUCCUCUGUUAAAAGGUGUAGGAAUAGCAUCUGUGGCCAUUUCCUUUAUCAUGUGCACAUACUACAACGUGGUCAUUACCUGGGCCCUGUACUACCUGUUCAGCUCCUUCCAAGCACCGCUACCGUGGCAGAGUUGCAACAACACCUGGAACACGGCCAACUGCACCGAUCACGCCACAAACAGCAGCAACUCUUCCACUGCCAGCCAGGAGUUCUUCAAAUAUAAGAUGCUGGAGCAAACGCAGGGAAUUGACGAGGCUGGAAACGUUCGCUGGGAGCUUUUCCUUAUCCUCGUCCUAGCUUGGAUCCUCAUCUACCUUUGCAUCUUCAAGGGGGUCAAAUCAACAGGCAAGGUGGUGUACCUCACAGCUCUGCUCCCAUACGCCAUCCUCAUCGCCCUGUUGGUCAACAAUGCGCAGCUUCCUGGAGCAUUACAGGGGAUUAUCUUCUUUAUCGUGCCAGAAUGGGACAAGCUACUCCUAGUUGAGGUUUGGGUGAAUGCCGCAGCCCAGAUCUUCAACUCCAUCGGAAUAGGGUUUGGUUUCCUCAUGUCCAUGGCCAGCUAUAAUUCUUUCAACAACAACGUUAUUAAGGACACGCUGGUUAUAGCCAUUGUCAACUCCCUCACUAGUAUCCUGGCAGGCUUUGUCAUUUUCUCAGCGUUUGGGUACAUGUCUUAUCUGCAAGACAUUCCUGUGGCCCAGUUGGCUGUAGAUGGUCCUGGACUAGUUUAUAUUGUCUACCCCCAAGCCUUUGCCAGCAUGCCAUUGCCUCAACUCUGGGCUGUGCUGUUCUUCUUAAUGCUACUUUGUCUUGGAAUAGACAGUGAGUUUGCGAUGGUUGAAGUGAUGGUAACCAGUCUGAUGGACGAAUAUGAUCGACGACUGAUCAGGUUCUUCAAGAGGAAGGAGCUCUUUGUUCUUGCAGUCUGCGUGGUGGCGUGUCUUCUUGGGAUUCCAUGUGUCCUGCAGGCGGGGAUCUAUGUGUUCCAGCUGAUGGAUCAUUACACUGCCAUUGUGUCCAUCAUGUUCCUGGCGUUCUUUGAGGUUCUCGCCAUUUGCUGGCUUUAUGGCGUGAGGCGACUUUCUGACAAUUUGGAAGAGAUGACUGGCAAAAAAGCAAACAUUUUCUUCAGAGUGUGUUGGCAAAUAAUCGCUCCUCUCCUCAUCUUGGUGAUCCUGAUUUUCUCCAUCACUCAGUUUAAACCUGCUCGCUAUGAAAAUUAUGUUUUCCCACCUUGGGCCCAAAGUGUUGGCUGGGUGGUUGCCAUGGGCUCCAUCAUUUGGAUCCCUUUGGCCAGCGUUCACACAUUGUGGAUUCUACCUGGAUCCUUCGUGCAGAAACUAAAGCUGUCCAUCACACCAUAUUCCCUGUCGCAAACAUCCAAAACUCCGUAUUUUGAAAGGGGAGGAGGUGACAGAUAUCCAGCUGUGUCUGUCAUAAGUGCCUCCAUCCGCCUGCAAGACAAGCCACCAAACUGGGGGAACUAAAGAGGUGUCUUUUUGCUCUGUGCAGCUGUAAUGGUCACUUAGCAGUGCUUUCAUCACAAACAAAAACCGUUGCAGCAUUUCUGCCAUGCAGAAAGCAACACUAUCUGUGAGCCCAUAAUUUAUUGCUAUUAGUUAACUUUAAUGGCAUUCAUAAAACAGUAUACAAAUAUCUGUGGUGUGGACACACUACAGGUGAAGAGCUGAGGGGGGUGUUCCAUGACUAGCACGUUCAACAAACUGAGUUUAAGUCCCAGUUAAUUUACCCUAAGAUGGGAAACUCUGAGUUUGGGUUCCAAAACAUCUGAUCUGAGUGAGUUAUAUCAAUCCUGAGUAUGUUGACUCUGAGUUAAGACCAUAAUAAUAAGUUAUGAUCAGUGGAGCGCUGAUUCUAUGAACCAGGGAUAGAAAAGGCUGUCAGAAAGUGUUAAUGCAUGUUUAUGGUGGGUAUAUGAACACCUUUUCUUAAAAGAAAGAAAAGUAAUAUAGUGAAAUCUUAUUGCACUGAAGUGAGGAAUAAUUACUGACAGUCAGAGCAGCAGUUGAUUUAUUUAAUGUGUAAUCAUAUUUUCUUAGCCAACAGGUACAAAAAUUGAGAAAUAUGGAAUAAAAUCUCAUUUUUGUUUUGGUGCAAUCCCACUUGUAAAAUCACACAUGGAGGCAGCUGAUAAUUGCUCCUGGUUUAAUUAUAUUUGUAAAGUCAAUGCAAAAUGCUAAGUAAAUGUAAUUGAUUGGCUAAUACACUUUUUAUCUGGUUUGCUUAUGAUAAAAAUGUACUAUAAUCUGAGUUAUACUUCUUAAAAUUAGAUUAAUCUAGAAUGCCAGCUAUUGCUGGCAAGAUUGUUUCCAUUUACAAUGAUGAACAGAAUGUUACCAUGGUAACCGGGAAAAAAAAUCUACAUUUCCCUCGUCUAAGGUUUUACAAACUCAGUUUUCCCUUAACCUGCUUUCUGGAAGACCCCUCAGAAUUGAACUGUCAUCCUUUCAACAACUUGCUUUGUGAACAACAGUGCCAUCUUUUGGGCAUAUUUGUAACUGCACUUAUCAUGUAUUUGUUUUUAACUAUUGCAUUUAAAUGUAAUACUGAUACCAUGU